UGUCAAUCUCAUUUAUUUGUUGACCUCCAAGCCUCCUUCAGAUUGCUGUCUGUCUAGCUAGUACCUGGUACCAGUGGUAGCUAUAGCCACACUCGAGGAAUCCACUUUCGAAUUAGAAAAGAGAGAUAGAAACGAUGACGUAUUCCAGCAUGAAGAUCUCUCAGUUGAAGGCGCUGUGCCAAGAACAGUCGAUUGACACGACGGGCAUGUUGGAAAAGGGAGAAUUUGUCAAGGCGUUGGAAGCAGCAGCAACAACAUCGAUGGAAGAACAAGAAGAAGCGCCACCUCCGCUGCAAACCAUUUCCGAGAAACCCUACGAGGAGAUGAAGGUCUCCGAGCUUCGGUCGCUGUGUGGCGAGCGUGGAAUUGAUACCACGGGAAUGUUGGAAAAAGGAGACAUGGUCCAGGCGCUCCACGACAACGAUCCAUCUCCUACUACUUCUAGUAGAAGAGCCACGGCUCCUGUGAUUCCUACAGCAACAACUGCAUCGGCUGAUAUGGAUGAGAGUACCAAUUCUCAACCACAAGAUAGAGCCAGCAGACGAGCCAGUACUAGUUCUACUUCGGCAGAACCAGAUCAAACCACACCCAGGAAGAGCAUGGCCAAGAGACUCUCCAGUCGUCUUUCCAUGAAAAAGACAGACAUGACAUCAACUGUUAAUAUGAUGGAUGAGAGUAACAACUCGGAAAUGGGAGAUCACAGCGCACAACAAAGGAGGGCGUCUACUUCCAAUAAUUCGGAACAAUCUCCCAAAAAGAGCAUUGCCAAACGACUCUCCAAUCGGCUCUCCAUCAAGUCACGCCGACAAUCCACAACAGAUGCUGCCACUGAACCUACCGAUGCAGCUGCCAAUCCUACUUCUAGAAGAGCGUCGGUGAAGCCAUCUCAGGAUCUCGAUGUCAGCACAAACUCCUACAUUGACGAGAGUAGCAAAAACAGAGGCUCACAAAGGAGAGCUUCCACUGCCAAGAAACCAUCUCCGGAUCUGGAUGUCAGUACAAACUCCCGCAUUGAUGAUUCCUCCAAGAACAGAGGCUUUAGCAGGAGAGCUUCCACUGGCACCCCGAAUCAAGCGCCAACUCCCACGAGAAGUAAUGCUAGAAGGGCAAGAACCAAUAGUACCAACAGUGCAUCGAGAAGGGCAUCGGAGGCCACUCCGUCGGAUCGUUCCUCCAAGCCCCUGGCACGUGACGACAAGAAACCCAAAAAAUCCUUGUUCAAACGGAGCAUCGUUCGAAAAGACACCAAAAGACGCAAUGCCGUCAGCGUCAGCAGGGUAGUCAUGGAGGCUCCUGACCUUUCCGACAGUGCCCAGGAAACCACGGAUGAUGAGAAAAAGACACGCCUUUCGUCUGGUGAUGAGAAGAAACGAGUGCCAGAACCACUCAUUGACACUGCGGGCCUUUCCGAUAGUGCCACGGAUGACGACAAAGUGCGAAACAACAACAACAACAACAACACGCCACAACGCAGUAACAAGGUCUCAUUUGCGGCUGCUACGGUUGUGGAAAGCGACUCGGACGAUUCGAGUGUCGAUCAGGAGCGAAGAGCUUCCUUGAGAGCAUCGUUUCUGGCUUCGAGAUGCAACAAGAAGAACCCUCAUCGACAGAGAAAAGUUCGAUUCUCGUACACCGCUGACGAACCAGUGGAGGAUAUGGGCCACAUGUCCGACAGUGCCUCUGGUUUGGAUAACUCUGGUUUGGAUGCGUCUGGUGGAGGAGGUCGUCGCGGAAUGGAUGAUAGCAAUCACAGCAUGAACAAUGGCAGCAGCCAUCAACGGAGAACCAGUCAAAUGUCGGGUAGUAGUGCUAGGAGAGACAGUUCUACUAGGCGAGACAGUUCGAGAAGGAGCUCCACCAUGAGAAUGCGGAGCCCCAAACGGCGGAGCACACGCAGAAGCAAGAGAAAGAGCCGAUUGGAUGAGAGGCGGAGAAGUACUUGGCAAGCCGACAACAGUUGGAUGGAUGGCAGUGAGGCGUGGUAUACUCAAAACAGCACCAAUUAUACGGAAACAGAUGUCAAGAAAGCCUUCAAGGAGGCUCCUGCCCACAAAUGGAAAACGGAUAGCUAUCAAGUUGGCGGGAACUAUGCCAUGAGUGUUUGGGAAGGCGAACUGAAAGAAGUUCGAGGCAAAUCGAUCAAGAAAGCCAUUGAAAAGUUCAAGAACAAUCCACACAAGUAUGCCGCCCUCAUGUACCAAACGAACUUGUUGCAUUGGCCAAAGUCAAAGCACAAGUACACUUUUGUGAUGCGAGUGGGAGAAGAAUUCGUCACUCCUCUAGGAGUGACCGACAACAAAAAGGAGGCUUGGAUGACCGUUCUAAUUCACAAGUAUCUUCAAUUGCCUGCCUUUCCAAACAAUGAAUUGCCACAAAGCCAAAGAGAUCCAUACACUCAACUUUUGACAUUCGAGGGGCAAACCUUGCCUCCCCCAAUACUACCAGGGCGAGGGAUGGGAAUAUGCGAUAUGCCCAGCCUCAAGGUUAUUGGUGACAUUGACCCGUCGGAUAUUGAGCAAGGAGAGGUGGGAGACUGUUGGUUGCUAUGUGCUAUUUCCUCCCUCGCGGAAUUUGAUGGGGGCAUCAAGAAGCUUUUCCGCAAAACCCAUGCCCUAGAUUUAAUGCCUUUUGAUGAUGGUCGAGUGAACAAAUACACGAUCACUCUCUUUGAUCUGGAAACCUGGGAAGAGGUGGACUAUGUCAUUGACGAAUCCCUAUCCCAAAGUAAAAAGUAUCCUGGCCACUUGCUGGGAGCACAACCUUCAGUCGAUGGCGAGCUCUGGGUCCCCUACUUGGAAAAAGCAUUUGCGAUUCAUUGUGGAGGUUGGGAUGAAAUUACUGGUGGCGCGUGUACUCAUGCCUGGGCCAUCAUGACGGGAUGUAAGAGGCAGUAUUCGUUCAUGAGGGACCCAAAGACCGACAACUUCAGAUGCUACGGCAAGUACAACCACGCCACAAAAGAGUGCAAAAAGCAAUUCAAUUCACCACAAAAGGCAAAAAUCGUAGGCAAUUGGCCCGUUUCAUGGCCUUACAUUGGUGGUGGCGGGAGCAUGUACCAGGGGAUUGAUGAAGAUGAAAUGUUCAGUAAAAUGUGUGCUUGGUACGGGCACAACUACAUGAUUGGCGCUGGUGCAAGGGAAUGCGAGGAGCUGUUGGAGGCCGAGGCUAAUGGCAUCCUUGCUGACCAUGCCUAUUCCGUGCUUGCUUGUUUUCCCAACGCGGCGGAGACUGGAAUCGAUUUGCUCAAGAUUCGAAAUCCGUGGGGGGCAGGAGAAAUUCAAAACGGAGACUUUGGUGAUGAUGGUCCAGGCUGGAAGUUGUUUCCCGAAAUCCGAAAGUUGUUGAAGCCAGUUGUCGCCGAUGAUGGGAUCUUUUAUGUGACCAAAGAGGAAUUCUUCGACCUGUUUGACAAACUUUACCUGAGCUGCUCAAACAUGGCAUUGUUCAAAGAAGAUUAGAGAGAAACAUUCAAUCCUAGCGUUCUGUAAGCUAGCUAGCUGGUUUCGGUUGAUUUGAGGUCCCGCGCCGCUAGCGAAGUUGGAAAAUGUUGGCUCUGAAAAUGCUGCCUCUUUGGUCGAAUCUUCCGCCGUAUGAUCGGUUUCUUCGCGGCCGCUUUCUUCUUGAGUCAUGGUGGAAGAGGAAGGCUUGGACCCUUCGUUCUUGCUUGGCAAGUUAUCCAUGGGCCCACAUAGGGACAAAACGACGGGAAGCAGGAUCAGCCCAUGAGCAACCCCCAGCAUGGAAAUGCCCAGGAAGUUAUAAAAGAAAGUUUGAAAACUCAAAGAAUUCGAAAGGCCGAGCGGCAGGGCGCUUGCCAUUGUUGUCAGUCCAGCGAUGAAGAUCGAGGCUCCCAUUGUUGUCAGAACUUUUCGAACCCUCUCGUCUCGGCUUUUUGCGUUCUUUGUAUCAUAGUAUGUCAGAGCGACAUGCAUGUUGUAGUCGACGACCAGGCCGAUGCUCAUCAGCAGUCCAAUGGCGGACACAAUGUUUAGGUAGAGUCCCGCGAGUCUUAGAAACGCCAUGAGCUCCACAUAAACAGCGCCGACAAUAGUUGGCAUAAUCAGUGGCCCAAAGGGAUGCGGGAUGAACAGUGCGGAUAUGAUCAUUACGCUUAUCAGCCCCAGGACCAACGAAGUCAGCAGCUCCUCCAUCAUCACCAAGUGCAGUUCCCAGCCGAAAAAGUAAGGGGUAAAGAGGAAGAAGGCCCAUUCGUCUUUUACUUGGUUGACUGGCUGUGAGAGCGCCACCUGUUGUUGUAGCUGGUAUGUGUCGAUCUGCGUGUCUAUGUCGUAAUUACUGGUGUGAUCAAGUAUAACGCGACAACGGGACGCAGUAACGGUUCCAUCCUCACUCCGAACAAUAUCGUCCUUGUACAAGAGGUCGAAGGGAGACGUUUUAAGGAACAGAUCCAAUUGAUCGUUGAAGGGCAUCGCUUCGAUGACAUCCGUUUCCUUCAAGGCUAGCUCUUUAAAGAGCAAGAAGUGCUUCAACCAGAAGUAAUCAGGGCCCUUCGACAUGUAGGGCAUAUCAACAAGGUCGUCGAUGUAAUCGAUCAUUUGUCGUUGAAUCUCAGGCGACGACACAUCCACGUCGCGAAAGUACACUUGGGCGUGGAGAAACAAGACACCAUAGCUAUAUUCCGAGGCAUACUCAUGCAAUGUGCUGUAGUACGUCCUCACAUAAGAAUCAGAUGGCAUCAUGUCUCGAAAGUCCAGUUUCUGCUCUUGUUGUGUCGCUCCGUAGAUACCGAGGCCCAACAUCAACGCAAACACUGCCAGCACGAGAGCUUUCACCUGAGGAAUCAGAAGUAUAUCGCAAUAUACAGCCAUAAUCUUCGAAGCGCAGGAGCGGCUGGCAGCGUCAUCAUCAUCAUCUUCCUCCUCUUCAGUCGGUACUUUCUUUGAGUGGAUACACACCAAGCAGUCAUAGCGAUUGUCCUGUACCCUUUGAUCAUCCAGCGCCACCAAAGCUACGAAGAAAGAAAUCUGGUAGACAAAGUCGAUCGCGACCGUUGGAGCUGGGAGAGAAGAAGAGGCGAUGUGCAUGUAUGUGGGCGGCCGACAUCAAGUGCAGUGUUUGAAGGGCAGAAGUUCACGUACCUGCGUACAUGCAAAACCACCGAAUGAAGGGUGUUGACGCCACGCACCCCAACAAGAACGCCACCACAGUUGUAAGAGUGGAAACCACAAUACUGACACCAACUUCCUCCAUGCAGCACUGUAUCCGUUCCUCGAUCUUCUUUUUGUUAUCCAGGGCUCCCGUAAUGAUGAAGGUGUCGUCCAGACCAAUGCCUACAUGUGGAAGAUUUCAAAAAUUCAGAAGGUGGUAAGAAAAGACUGCCCUCAAGGUGUUGACAGGUAGAUAGGACUAGCAGGAUCCUUACCAAGCAUGACAUAAAAGAAUGCCUGGGCGAUCGACGUGAACGGGACACCAAUGAUGAACAUGAAUCCAUAGCUGGUCAUGAGGGAAAGGACGACUGUCACGAUGGCCCCCACUCCCAGGAGGGCGCGACUUUGAACCAGAUCACUGUAUUUGCCGAGGUAGACGGCGCAGAGGCCUGCCAUGAUGACAAAUGCAGCGGCCAUCGUGGGGGUGUCCUUUUCCACACCACGCAUGUUCUCGUCCUCAACAGAGCGAAGACUUGUAGCUUCUAGUUUGCAAUCCAAUCCUUUCUGGUCCCACUUAUCCUGCAGAGCGUAGAGCGCGCGUACUGCAUUGUACUCAAAUAAGUAUUUGUCCCCCUCAUAUAAUGGAAUCAUUCCAAGGUAGGAAGCGGCUGAAGUCAUGAGGAUUUCGUUUGAAACUGUACCGUUUUGACCUAAAUCCUUCGGGAGAGGAGGUUCUGGAUAUCCAAAGAUCCUUUCCCUCAAUAUUGGCUCGCCACUGGAGAAAAACAUUUGAGACAUGGCUUUUUGGACCAUUUCAUCGCUUGUGGCAACUCGAAGGAAGUCGGUGCGAUUGUUAUCAAAGAGAGCACUGGGGGAGAUCAUGGGACAUUCGCUUUCUCCCCAAGCUUCGUAGCAGGCGUCAGCAUAACCAUCCACGCUUCUUAGGGUAUCGACGACGGCAAACAAACAACCAGCCCCUUCUACCGUGAGGACAUUGUUUCCAUGGCUAUGGAUUAAGAAAUUCACGUAGCCACCGGCAGUUUCCGGGAAGCCAGCUUCAUUGUUGAGCCAGUCCCAGUGCUCCCAUGUUCUUGUCCCUGAUGGAGCCCAAAGUUCUGGUCCAUCGGCGACAAGUUUGAAGUUGGUAAAGAUGCCAGCGAUGAGAACGGUGAUCGACACAAAGAUGGUCAGAGCAACUGUGGUUUUGGGGUUGCGUGCCGAUACCAGCGCAAUCGCAAUGACAAAGCUAAGUAUUGGUUGUUUGAUAUACUCUUCUGUCAACUUUUCCCAUUGGGUUUGCUUGCGAGAUGGAGAUUGACCGUAACUCUCGGAGGAAGUGAGAUAGGAAUCCCUUGAUUUGUCAGUGGUGCUCAUGCUAGCUUGUGCUCGUGCAACUUCUGCUGAGUGUCAGUACUGGUGCAAAACCUCUCUUGCCUUGAAAAUGAGACCUAUCCUUCCUGUAUCCGAAAUUGGAGUUGGGAAUUGAGUUAAACGGAUGUAGAUGUCAAAUCCACAACUGCGCCGACCGAUAGAGUGGUCGUGUUCGUGCCGUGGUUCGAUUUUCGCGAUGAAGACGAUCGCGCGAUUCCCGUGGCCGGGAGUGCUUGCGGGUGCUCCAAAGUAGUGCCUUGGUUCUACAGUAAAAGUACGUAGAACUCUACCACUGGACAGUGAGUCAUGCUUCCGAGACCAGGCCCACCAAUUUGAAAUCCCUGUCUGCUUGCCCACUUACCCCGUCCCGGUACCUACGGGAACGAGCUUUGAUUCUUCCCCUCGUCCUGGCCACUUUUGCGUCCUGAGCUUACCGGUCUUCAGCUUCUGCUCCAUGUCUACCAUGUUAACAGUAUUUUAGCCUAGUUUUCUCCUUGGGAUGCCAGAUUCUCGACUCGACUCCCCACAGUCCAUAGUAACCUCUUCUUCGUGCAAAUGGUCACGACGACAUCGUCACGACGACCACUUACAUGCCAGAGCUUGCUCUACAAUGGAUGCCACCAUAAUUAUGCAGUACCACUAGCUAGUACGACUACAACCACUGUAAAGAAAAAAG